AUGGUUGAACGUGAAAUACAAAAGAAUAUUGAUACCUUGGAGAUGAAUGAACAAGGGAAGCCUGAUCCUAACAAAAUUGUUAAAGCUUAUAGAAGAUCUGCAGCUGGUAAUGAACAACCAUUACCCUCAGAUGUUCGAACACCAGAAUGUCUUGUGUCUACGCUUGAUUACUUAAUCAAUAGUAUUGUGUCUAAUUAUCCACUUGAAUCAUGUCAUGCAUUUGUACGUGAUAGAACAAGAUCAAUUCGUCAAGAUUUUACUUUACAAAAUAUUCGAGAUAAAACAGCUGUGGAAGUGCAUGAAAAAAUUGCACGUUUUCAUAUCUUAUGUUUACAUGAAAUGUGUGAAUAUGAUGAAGCUAAAUUUAGUGCCCAACAAGAAACUGAGCAAUUACGAAAAGUUUUAAUCAGUUUGAUGGAAUUCUAUGACGAUCUUCGUGAAGAAGGUAUUGAAACAGAAAAUGAAGCAGAGUUUCGUGCCUAUCAUCUCCUAAGCCAUAUUCGUGAUCAAGACAUGGCCCGACAAGUACAAACCCUCCCAUUAUAUAUCUUUGAUCAUCCCUAUAUGAAACGAGCCCUUGAAUUUUAUGCUCUAGUGCAACGUAAUAAUGAAAUCCUGGAGACUUCAUCACGUCGUAAUAAACCAGAAAAUGUUCCUGCUAGUGCCAAUUUUUAUUCUCGAUUUUUUAAAAUGGUAGCUGAUCCUAGUACGCCGUUCUUGAUGGCUUGUAUGUUAGAGACUCAUUUUUCAGAAAUCCGUAAAGGUGCUUUAAAGGCAAUGAAUGCAUCCUAUAUGUUUAAAGCAGGUGGUGUAAAUGCAGACUACAUCCGCGGCGUAUUAGCAUAUGAUACUUUAGAGCAAUUGUUACAUGAAGCCAAGCUAUAUGGUCUAGUUAUGGAUAUGUCAUAUGGUGAACCUACUAUUAUGUUUGGACAAAGACAUUAUACCGCCAAGGUUCCCGUAUUCAUAGAACCAUUAUCAAAUCCUCCCCAAAGGAAAUCUAAGCUUUUAGUUGAACCUAAAAAGGGAACCAAAAGUUUUAAUGAAAUUAUCUAUGCUGAACAUGAAGAUACCUUUAUGUUCAGCGAUGAUGAUGAUAACAGUGUUUAUGAUAAUGUUGAAGAUGAUGAUGAUGAAAUGCUUGAAGAUAAUCCCCCUAUGUCUAUUAAAUUACCUUAUAAUGUACCUAUUACUUUGCCUGUUAGCUCAUCUAGCAGCCACCCUCUUAUUCCACCCGUGAGUGCACCUAUUGAUAAGCCUCAUAAGCAUUCAGUCGUGUUACCUAUUAUACCACCUAUACUUGCCUCUAAAAAUUCAGCGGUAGACUAUAUAGAAGGACAGAUAUAUACAAAAGACCAACUUGCUGAUAUUCGGGAAAGAGCAGCAGCAGCAGCAGCAGCAGCAGCUAAAGAAAGAGAACUCUUGAUACAACUUGCCAAGAAACGAGAAGAGCAAAUACGAGUGAAAAAACAACAACAAGAAGAAUUACAAAAGAAGAAGAGCGUAAAAGAGCAGAAAGACAAUUAG